AUGGAUAGAUUGCAAUCUUCCAUGCGCAAACGACUCUACAGUUUACCCCAUCAUAUUGGACAUAAAACUGCUAUGACUGGAGACGGAGAAGACAGCGACAAGGACACUCAAAGAAAGAGUGUCAAAAUGAAAUAUAUCUCUUCACCCUCUUCCAUGGGGAGCUGUAAAGGUGUCGGCGAGGCCAAGAGCGGAGACGCGGAGACAGAUGUAGGGAGACCCUUCAGAACAAACGUGAACGGUGACUGUCGGCGGUUUAGGGGUAGUCUGUCUUCCAUCACCAGUCGUCAUGCCUCAGACACAGUUUCGGCCGAGCAGAAGCGACUCAUUACCGAAGAAGAUGCCAGCCCUGAGGAUGACAGUCCCUUAGAGGAACACGGCGGCGGAGACAGCCAGGGCGCACAAGGUGGCCCCUGCGGUGGAGCACAGCAAGAGCCUUCUGAUGAGCAGUCGAGUUUUAUAAAGUUGGAGGGUAUCGAUCAGAUCACGUCUGACGAAGAGAGGCUUUAUCAAACGGGAUUCAUGCACCGGCAGUUCGGGGCAAUGCUUCAGCCAGGGGUCAACAAGUUCUCUCUUCGAAUGUUCGGUAGUGAAAAGGCGGUGGAGCAGGAGCAGGAAAGAGUCAAAUCCGCUGGAUUUUGGAUCAUUCACCCAUACAGUGAUUUCAGGUUCUAUUGGGACCUGAUUAUGCUGCUCUUAAUGGUGGGAAACCUGAUCAUCAUACCUGUGGGAAUCACGUUCUUCAAGGAUGAGCACACCCCGGCCUGGAUUGUCUUCAACGUGCUCUCUGACACCUUCUUUCUGGUGGACUUAGUCCUGAAUUUCCGGACUGGGAUUGUGAAGGAGGACAGCACUGAGAUCAUCCUGGACCCGCAGCAGAUAAAGGUGAAAUACCUGCGCAGCUGGUUCGUGGUGGAUUUCAUCUCCUCUAUCCCAGUGGAUUAUAUCUUCCUUAUCGUCGAGACACGAAUCGACUCGGACUUCUACAAGACGGCCAGGGCCCUGAGGAUCGUCCGCUUCACCAAGAUUCUCAGUCUGCUACGGCUGCUACGGCUGUCCCGUCUCAUCCGGUACAUCCAUCAGUGGGAGGAGAUUUUCCACAUGACCUAUGACCUGGCCAGUGCUAUGGUGCGUAUAGUGAACCUGAUCGGCAUGAUGCUCUUGCUGUGUCAUUGGGACGGCUGCCUGCAGUUCCUUGUGCCCAUGUUACAGGACUUCCCGUCUGACUGCUGGGUUUCCAAAAACAAAAUGGUGAAUGACACCUGGGGUCAGCAGUACUCCUACGCCCUGUUUAAGGCUAUGAGCCACAUGCUGUGUAUUGGUUAUGGCAUGCACCCACCUGUGGGCAUGACCGAUGUUUGGCUGACCAUCCUCAGCAUGAUCGUGGGUGCCACUUGCUAUGCCAUGUUUGUGGGACAUGCCACUGCCCUCAUUCAGUCACUGGACUCCUCUCGAAGGCAAUACCAGGAGAAGUACAAACAGGUGGAGCAGUACAUGUCUUUCCACAAGCUUCCUGCAGACAUGCGGCAAAGGAUCCAUGACUACUACGAGCACCGAUACCAGGGCAAGAUGUUUGAUGAGGAGAGCAUCCUAGGAGAGCUUAGUGAACCACUCCGAGAGGAGAUCAUCAGUUUUAACUGUCGGAAGCUGGUGGCUACCAUGCCCUUGUUUGCCAAUGCAGAUCCCAACUUUGUGACCUCAAUGCUAACUAAGUUACGCUUUGAGGUCUUCCAGCCAGGAGACUACAUAAUUCGAGAAGGCACUGUAGGCAAGAAGAUGUAUUUCAUCCAACAUGGAGUGUUAACAGUUCUCACCAAGGGAAGCAAAGACACAAAGAUUUCAGAUGGCUCUUACUUUGGAGAAAUCUGUUUGCUGACUCGGGGCAGGAGAACAGCCAGUGUUAGAGCAGACACAUACUGCCGUUUAUACUCCCUGUCAGUGGAUAACUUUAACGAGGUGUUGGAAGAGUACCCAAUGAUGCGCCGUGCCUUCGAGACCGUAGCCCUCGACCGCCUGGACCGCAUUGGAAAGAGAAACUCUGUUCUCCAGCACAAAGUGCAGCGAGAUCUCAACUCAGGUGUGCUGAACUACCAGGAGAACGAGAUCAUCCAGCAGAUUGUGCAGCACGACAGGGACAUGGCUCACUGUGCCCACCUAUUGCAGGCAUCUCCUCCAGCUCCACAUGCAGCCCCGGCUCCUUCUCACACCCCAGUCAUCUGGGCUCCCCUCAUCCAGGCUCCUCUCCAAGCUGCUGCUGCAACCACCUCUGUAGCUAUUGCCCUUACCCGCCACCCGCAUCUGCCCCACACACUCUUCCGGCCUCCGGUGCCCUUGCUGGGCUCCUUGAAAGAUCCACCAGGCCAUCUCAAGAGGUACCCCAUGGGGACAGCAUUUUCAGAUGCCACUGCACUAGGUGGCUCAUCUUCUGGGGCCAGCUCUCAACUCGGCUCUGGUGUAGAGACCCCUAUUCUGGAUUCUCUCAGAGCCAGGAGUUCUGCAACAGCCUCCUCCCCUCACUUGCCUUUUGCCUCCAGUUCCCUUCCAUCUUCCACUACAACCACUGUCACCACGAUCACGUCCAGCAUCACAGAGGCAUCAACCUUACCCCAUGGGCCCCUCACUGCCUGCAGCUCUAAAAACUCCAGCAUAGCUCAGCUCCAUGCCCAGCCUCAGCUUCCGCAGGCUUCCUUCUCCAACAUUGCUGGACCAUUGCCUGGCUUCUUCCCGCAGGUGGCAGUAGGAGGAGAGGUGGCUCACUCUGCCAUUCCCUCUGCAUCUACCAUCACCCCUCUGAUAGCCCACUCUAUUAGCCCUAUACUAACCCAACUGCAGUCCACUCAGUCCAGUCUAUUUCAAGCCAAGCCCAGUCAGGACUUAAGCAAGCCAGUCAAGACUGCCAGUUCUUCACCUUCUGCUGGCUCUCCACUUUGCUCCAAAAACCUUUUAGAGCAGUCAGCCUCGAAGCCCUACACUCAGGACCCUCGAAGUUCCCUUCAAUCUGAUCCCCUCCCACAACUCUCCCAUGAGCCAUCUGCCCUCGCAUCACUCGCCCAGUAUGGCUCUGAAAAUGCCUCCCCAUGUAGCACCUCACCAGCGUGGAGCCCCACAUCCCAGAGUCCCAUGGUGAAGAGGAAGAUACCCGUGCACAGCAACCCCUCCAGCACCUCUGGAUCCCAAAGCUCUCUCCUGUCCCCUCAGACCCUCUGCCCACCAGCUUUCCAGUUACGAGAGACAGGGGGAUCCCUGGUUGAUCUCCCCUCUCAGGAACUUAGCACCAUCUCCAUAUCACUACCUUCCACUCGACCUCUUGAGAGACACAAACUACUAACACAGGGCUCAAGCCAAGUCCCAGAUCAGUCUCAUUUAGUAACAGCAUCCCAUACCCAUACCCCCUCUCCCACCCCUGUUACCAAACCCUAUAGUUCAAUACCAGGCCACGUGGCCUUGUCAAGACAUACUUCUAAAGUAUCUAUAGCUCAGACUGGAUCCUCGAAUAGCUCACCAGUCCCUGGCUCUCGAGACAGAUCUACAGGGAAACCUAACAUACAACCCAAACUCCCAUCAAACUUGUGAGACUGGAUGGUACCCUCAUCUAUUGUACAGACAAUGUUUUGUAUCAUCUAGUAAUAUAUAUCAAAGAAAAUAACUUUUAAUGCUGAUAGGAGGAUGUUUGCCUACCUGCAUUUAUAAAAGUGCAAUGACUACUUUUCAACUAAAAUAAUGCCAAAUGAAGGAACAGAUAGUUGGCUGAUGAAUGAAUGAAACUGUAUGAAAUGUGGGUUUGUGACUGGGUUGUGUAUAAACAUACUGUUUGACCUUGUCUUCCAAGUUCUUUUAGCAAUUUUUGCAAUACUAAUGUCUGAUGGUAAGACUGAGUAGGGAUAUGCAACAAAUAGCAGUUUCCAAAUAUUGAAUCAAUACAGUAAUAACAGGAUUAUAGGUGUUAUUGUACUAAUAUAAAAUGUGCUCCUUUUUAAGGAAGGGACUAUGCUUGGGAAAAGAU